AUGACCGGCCCGGUCAAUGCGCUCAGAUGUCGCAUUUGUGGGCCAUAUGCUACGCCAGACGCAGCGGCACGAUACCGGCGCUCAUGUCAGAAGCUUGGUACCAACUACAUGUACCUCAACAUGAUCUACCGAAUCUGGGGAGAUAGGCUGGUGGUGGCGAGCUGGCUCUUGAAUCUUCUGCUCAAUGCUGGAAUGACAUGGGAGAGCAUGAAUCCCAUGGAACAAGCCAUCUCAUUUGGAGUGACCUACUUUCUGGCAACAAGACCAACUGCCUUGAGCCAACUGCGUGGAUUCUUCCUCAUGUUAGCGUUUGACAGUCUGUAUCAUGUGCGAGCAUGGAUUAUGCUGAUGCUCAACAUCAUUCAGCUUCUUUUUAGCAUGAUGUGCAUACUAUACGGGACUUCCUUCGGGUUGCCUUUGGUAGUUCGCUUGGGUGUAGUCACAGAUGGAGUGUUCCUUUUGCUCGGCUACCUCAGCUUUCCUCGCGUAGUGGCCACUGGCAUCCAAUCUGUGGCCUCGGUCAUGGAACUGGCGCUUCACAACGCCGAUGACUACCCCAUCGAGUGGAAGAUUCAGACAGACUCUCUGGGAAAGUUCAAAGGGGUCUUCACCGUGGAUCCACAGUCGGGAAUCUUGCAUCCUGCACAGGAUUGUUUAGUGCGAGCGGCUUUCUUGCCCAGCGAGCCCAUUGAGUACAAGGCCAAUGUGAAUGUGUACAUCUCUCCGCCCAGGAGUACAGCGGUGGACGCAGGCAAGAGUCUUGAUCCUAGCUUGGCCCUGAAUGCGGACGAGAGUAAGCCGUACUUGGCCCUGCGGAUGAAGGGUCAGGGCACGGUGCCGAAGCUCACCUUCGACCGGCGCGAGAUCGUGCUGCCGAUCGUUCCCCUGGGAAUCCGCUCGAGGUGCUUGUUUUACAUCGUCAAUGAGGGCUACGAGAGCUUGGACGUGCAGUACAGGUUGCCAAAUGAUCAGAUCCGCAUUCCGCUGACCAUCAAUUUCCCGGAGGGACAGCAGAUCGGCAUCACCAAGCCGAAAAUUCCUGUGGAGAUUUUCUUCCAAUCAAACAAGCCGAUCUCCUUCUGUGCGAAGAUCGAAUUCCUGGACAAUGAGUCAGGUUCAUAUGUUCUUCCCGUCUCUGGAACCACGGAGAAUUGCAUCCUUACCUGCCAUCACUACUUGCACAACAACACGGAUUUCUAUACGCUAGAGGGUGAACCUGUCAUGCUUCAAGAAAAGGAGGACAACUCUGGGAACGAGCAGGGUGCAGCGCCUUCCAUCAAGACGGGCAGUGUAUCUCACAACUCGAUGGCAGGCUAUGGCAAUCAGGAGGGGCGUUUGGACGAGUGGAUCGACGCUUCUGCCUCGGCUUCCUGGCCGCGGCUCUCCUUGUCCUCUGGCUCCACCUGCACUCAGGGCCUCCGGGAUCUCCACCUGCUGCUUUUGGGCAGCGCUUCGAUCGGGUUCCGACCCCUUCAUUGCGCCUCUCGGCGUAUUUGCAUGAGCGCUCAGGCCGCUCUCCACAUCUUGAUUGAGGCUGUACAAGCAUCCGCUCGCGCUCUUCGGGGCCUAGCUGACAAUCUUGAGAGGGCAGCUGCCGCAGCAGAGAGGGGGCCAGCCGCUGGAUCUGACAGGGUCACUGAGGUCUCCACCGACACCAUUGAUUGGGACCUGGUCACUGAGGCUUUAGAGGCGGAAAGAGAUCAGCGCACCGGUGCCUCCGGCACCAACUUCUCGAGCUACCACGACGUCGAGAAGAGCAUCCCCCCUUUGCCUGAUCACUGUGUGGAUCUUUGUGGCCGUCUUGGUGGCACCAUUGAGGACGUCAAGUCCCGAGCUACUCGAGCCUGGAUUGCUGGUUGUUGGGCCAAGGCCACAUUGGAGGGAAAGAUCCCAAAGCCUCGACCUACCCCCAAGAUUGCACUGCAGGCCACCACCUACAUCAUCCUCAAGGGCCCAGGUGUUCAGCGACCGACCAGGGUCUCUUCAGCGGCAGAGUACUUCAAGCUCCUGCCACGUUUCGAGAACUCCGUCAGCCGAGCAGUAGAGAUGGCGACAGGUGGCCCGAUUCAGUUUUUGGACCAAGGAGUCCUCCAGACCUAUGUGAUGGGCUUGGACCUCACUGCAUGGGAUGGGGAGUGGACGGAGAGUUUUGCAAUCCCAGUUUUGAGCCGGCAGUCGGGGGUUCUGAUUGCAGUACCAGAGGGAGCUUUUUCUCCGGAGGUUCUCCAGGCUGGAGCUUUUGCAGCGAUGGACGACCUUGUAGGCCCGUCGACGAGGGUGACAUUGCCUGCUGUCUUCGAGGAGUUGGACGGGACAGAGACACCCCACACAGAAGAGAUUCCAGUUGUUUUGAUAGAUUUCCACAAGAACAUCUUGGAGAGCAUUCGAGGCUUCGACCCAGUCACAGAAGGACCCGGCAUCCGUUGUUUCUCGCCACCACAUAUGGAAAUCUUGCCAGAGUCCAAUUCCCUACUUCUUGCGGCUUACGCCUAUGUGGAAGGGGGUACAGAGGGAAGGACCCAAUUCUAUUCGGCAGAAGAGACACAUUUUCCCCCCCUGCCUGUGACCCCGGCACCAAAGACCUCCUCGAGGCAGCCCAAGGCGAAGGCCUCCCCUGGUGGGGCUUCCACUCCCAAGAGGGUUACUACGGCAACGCUAGCCGAGCAGUUAGCAGAGAUCUCCAAGGUGCUCCCUGCUAUGUCCUCCCAGCUCGAGGCUAUGACUCAGCGCCAAGACAGGGUGGAACGCCUGAUGAGUUCUGCACCUCAAGCAUCAUCCAAGGAGCCUCCGGCCCACAAGCAGGACUUCCCUCUGGUGGGGAAAGGAUCGCCCAGACCAUCCGCUCUGAAAUUUGUUUCCAGAGUGGGCAGCCCGCCAAGGUCCAGACCACUGGCCGAUGCAAGCCCAGCGCCCCGGAAGACCGUGGAGUUCACGAACGUGGACGAACCUCUCGCCCUGCCCUCAGAUCCAGACUACCCUGGAGGAGAACAGAGCGUCCCAGUUCUUCCGCAACCAGAGGCGCUCUCAGCGGCACUGUUCCAGCAGUCCCAGGCUUUGACGACUCUUGUGGCUCACUUGGCAGGUCAGGAUGGCAUGGAGUUUGGCUCGACAGGAACGAGUUCAGCCCUCAGUUUGAAGGGUUCGCUGAAGCGGGACAAGCCAUCAGAGCCCGUCCCUCAGGAGAUCUCUGCUCUUGGAGGACGUGCCCUCUUCUCGAAGUACAUGGAAAGAAGCGGUGGCUACUCUGGCCAAAGAGACCUGGGCCUCACUAUGUGGCUGCUCAGCCAGAUGGCGGACGCAUUCCUGAACGAAGAUGCAGCCGGUGCCCAAGAACUGCUAGCACUGACCAUGGUGACUUUGGAGCAGGUGGCUCAGGACUCUGGAAAGUGGGAAGUAGGGUGGAUCUUGUCACUGCAGGAGGAUCCUCCUCCGGGUGUCUUCCAAGCAAGGCCCAUCACGACGAAUCCCAGGCUCCGAGCUUUUGCUCCUCUGUGUCCGCCAGAAUGGGCCACCACGGCGUUGUCCUAUGUCAAGGAGGUCGACCUGAUAAAUUCCAGGAGACAAGAAGCCCUGCCAGGAAAGAAGAACCUGCCUGGAAAGGAACAAGACGACCAGGUCCGUCUGGAGAGCCCCUUUGCUGCGCUCUUCUACCUCAGAACGGCCAGGCUCUGCCUGGACCGUUGCCUGCGGUCGGGGGGCUCUCCGGACAUAGUCCAGAACCUCCUUUGCGACGUUCUUGCGGACUACCUUCUGCAUCACAAGACUGCACCCAUGCAGUUCUUCAAAAGCCUUGUUCCCGUUGCCGGCACCUCAGGGGGUCUCACAAAUCCUCCUGGCAAGAAAGCCUAUGCCGACGCGGGCCUUGAAGGAUCUCCUCUCAAGGACCUAGUCGACGAAGAGAAAGGCAAGAUCAUUGGGGCCGAGGUUGACUCGUCAUCACUGACCAGGUCUCUGGGGCUAGUGCUGGUCGCGGCUCCUGUCCGAAAGCGCCUCGCCUUGGCCUACAUCUCUUUGGAGCUCGCAGCAAAGGACACAACUUCCGAUGCGCUGCAUGCUUGCCUGAUUGGUGGAUGGGUCUCCGCUGCGAUGUACCGAAGACCUUUCAUGUCGAUCCUUCAAAAAGCCUAUAAGAUCCAGAUGUCAGAGGUUGACCAGGAGAGGUUCCACUUCCUGGACAUCUGCAAGUGGUCAAAGCCCUCAGCUGUUUACACCGAUGAGCUUGCCGCGGCCCUGGGCCAGUCCUUCGACAAGGCCCUCACGAAGAAGAUCCGAAGGACCCAGUUCGUCGAGCCCAAGCUGAAAGGUCUUGAGAGCCCGCUCUGCAAUGAUGUUCUACUGUCGGCAAAGUGGAAGGUCGACAAGGCGACGUGCGCCGAACUCUUACAGUUCUCAAAGGUCUCAAACUUGGCUCGAACAGGGGCAAACUGGGUUCGCCUGGUUCUUCUCCUUUUGCAAAACCUGCCCCUGUGGAGCCUAAGUAAGGAUUCCUGGAGGUUUGCUCACGUCAACUACAAGCACUACCCGUUCAGCACCCAGAAGGCGGAUUUCAGCCGGAAGGAGUUUGACAGCGCACGUGGCUAUCCUGGAGAAGGCCCCACUGCUGGAGGCUCUCGAGUGCAGCUGAUCCGUUGCCUUGCUUCCGUCCUUCCCUUUGGAUUUCCUGCCCUGGUUGGACUUCUUGGGGCCUUUGCUGCCCUGGUUGGAAUUUUUGGGGCCUACAUCAGCCUUGCCGCCUUUGGCUUAACCUCUGCCUUGCCGAGAAAAGCUGUGCCUGUCCAUGUCCGUAGCCGUUUCCGGCCGCGCUCCUCUUCCCUGACCCUUUUCAGGCAAGCCAAGCUUCAGGCCCUCUUUUUGGCCAUCUUGUUCCUGGAACACCCAGGCCUUGUAGCCGGCGCGCCUCGCCAUGGACUGAAGCUGCAGCCCAGAGAUGCUGCCGACCGAGCACGACAAGAGACAAGAGACCAGCUAGAACUGCCUGAUGGCAGGCCAGUGCUGGGACAGACCCAGCGGCAGAGAGACAAAUUGAUGGGAGCCUUCGAAGAAUGGCUUCGCUCGCAGGGCAUCCUGCUGGACGAGAUCCUCAUGGUAGGGGCUCCUGACGUUGAGGCCCUCAACAUCCUGCUGGAGAGGUACGGCCGUGAGCUGUAUCGAGCGGGACGACCAUACGGUCACUACAGUGAGACCGUCAAUGCAGUGUCGGCCAAACGGCCAAGGGUUCGGAGAUUGCUCCAGCCGGCUUGGGACUUGGCGUAUAGCUGGCUACGCCAAGAACCACCAGUACACCACCUGGCGCUCCCAUGGCAGGCGAUGCUCUCGUUCCUCACAACGUCGCUCUGCUGGGGCUGGUGCAGAGUCGCCGGCAUCAUCGCCCUAUCGUGGGGCGGGAUCACGCGGAUCGGAGAAUCCGUAAAUGCCUUCAGACGAGAUCUGGUCCUCCCGUCUGAUGUCAACUACACGAUUGACUACGUGCUCCUUCAAAUAGCUGAACCAAAGACACGGUUCAGAUGUGCUCGCCGCCAGAUGGCAAAAGUGGAUCAGCCUCAGUUGGUCAGGAUCAUCGUCACGGCUUUUGAGAACCUGCGACCUGACCAACGACUCUGGCCGGCCUCGGGAUCAACGAUCCGGAGCCGUUUCCAACGCCUUGUCCAGGCGAACUCCCUCGACCACCUCCGGACGAAGAAGGGCCUGGACCUUGGCUCGCUGAGAGCAGGAGGAGCGUCAUGGCUCCUGAUGACCUCCGACAACCCAGACAUGACAAGGCGCCGAGGGCGCUGGAUCAAUGCAAAAGUGAUGGAGGUGUACGUGCAGGAAGCUUGGGCAGUCCAAUUUCUGCCACAGCUUCCAAAGUCCAUCAAGGAGGGCAUCAUGGAAGGAGCUGGUUUGUUUCCGUGGGCCUUGGAGCUUGCGGAGAUUUGGAAGAGGGCGGCUGUCCCGGAGUCAGCAUGGCCCAUCCUGUAUCAGAAGGCGGCUCGAGACCUUGAGCAGCAAGAAAUGGGAAGGCAACACCUCGAGAAGGAAGAGGCGGGAGAUGGAGGGGCCGCUUUUGCCCAAUGUGGGCGUGUGCACCCUUCAAAGGAUGCAGAAGAAAAGAAGUGCGACCAGCUUGAUGAGUUGACCUUUAACUCAGAAUGCCCUGUUCGCCGCUCAAGCUUCUCCCGCAAAGCCGCCCACCCGAGCAACAUAUUGAAGAACCAGUUGGAUCACUUUCCGCAGGACCUGGUGAAUUCGAACGGCCGCCAUUUGUACGAGAUGAUUGAGUUCUUGUCCGGCAAGUCUGUGCCAAACAAGGCGGCAGCACCACCGCCACAGCGCAUGGACAACACGGGUUCCUCCUUCCGUGGCAACGACAGAGGUGCUAAACAAAAGAGCCGAGAGAUGCAGAAGAUCCUGCAGCUGAUGCAACAAUAUGAGGUGCUGCUGAACUUCUUGAAGCAGCAUGGUGCAUUGCUCUCCUCCGUUCGUCCGGAGCACUUCUUGUCCCAUGAGUACUACCUGCAGUACCAGCAGAGUCUCAAUGUGGGCAUCACCAGAAGGCAAGUGGACAAGAUCUUCUUCCCGAAGAGCAUGGAGGCGUGGUUGACGUCGCUGCUCCAGACGGUGAAGAUCUUCCUGCUGAACCGAGUCACACACAAGGCCUUCAAGACAUUGCCUGGGAUGUCGGCCGAAGUGGACCAACCAGUGGGCGCACCCGUUGGCGUGGAUGACAUGGACUUGGAGGUGGAGAAGAAGAACAGCCCAGAAUUGCAAGGUGCCUUGGACCAAAAGUUCUUGGCCGAUUCCAAUGUCUACAGUAUUUCUGAAUGCAUUUUGCUGCGGUGGCUGAACUUUCACUUCGCGCGUGCAAACAGAGAUCGCUACAGCCCUCGCAAGGUCUGUUGCUUCGACUCGGACUUGGAGGACUCCAUUGUCCUCGCUGUGGUGAUCCAAAGCCAUGCAGUGCAAAAUAUGCGCCCGCAGUGCAGCAACCUGGAUCACCACGAAGAGAACGCGAUGCACAUCCUUGCUGCUUUGUCGGAGAUUGGACUUCAGUUUCCUAUCCAGGUGUCCGACAUUGCAUCGCCGCAAGCGAAGGAUAUGCUCCUUUUUGUGAUGUUCCUCUUCCAGAAUCUGCCGCAUUAUGUGCCGAAGACCACCAUCAUCUUCUCCACCAUGCUCGGAGUGAAUAUGACCAAGAACAUCGAGCUCACGAAUCCGUCGAAGAAGGCCAUUUCUUAUGGGGUCCAGCUGGUUGGCAGCGGACACAACAGCGGGAGUGACUUUGCCAUCAAGGACGAGAUCGUGAAGCUGGAGCCGAGGCAGACGGUGUCCUUCCCCGUGGAAUUCCACAGCCGGUUCUCGAGGAUUGUCGAUGAGAAGAUCAUCUUUACCUCACGGCGAGAGGGCAAUGUCAAUGCUGCUGCAAUGGUGUUCAAGCUCAGGAGCCGGUGCACCGGGCGGAAACCGAGAAAGACCAUCCAGGUCUCGGCAGUUCUCUAUGAGGUUGGCACAGUGGAUGUGGAGCUUGAGAACCCUUUCAACGAGGAUGCGGAGUUUUCGGUGGCCUUGCGAGAAAGCACCUGUUGCGAUGCCGAGAAGCACCCACUCUACUGGGGAGACCACACCUUGCCCUCGAUGCUCAGCACGUUGCUGGGGGUGAUGCGAGGGACCCCCAGCAAUGUGCUGAGCAUUGCGGGCAAGGAGUGGCGAAAGAAGAAUGCCCGGGUGGCCUCGAAGCGUUCCGAAGGCAUGGAAGCCUUCUACCUGAGCGUCACACGCUGCCGGGUCAAGGCGGGUGGAACUGGAAAGAUCACGGUGUCCUUCCUACCCUUUGAGGCGCCAGCACACUUCACUGCUCUCUUGGGAGUCUUCGACUCUAAGGCUGGGGAGUACUACUACGAGCUCUUUGGCACAUCAAGUCCACCUUUGCCGCUGGAGAACUACAAGAUGCAGGUGAAAGCGGAGGCCUCUGGCACCAAGGACAUCAUUUUGCCUCUGCGAAACAUGCAGGUGGAACGUGCACGGAGUUGGUUGGAGAGUCGGGGUGCUGGGCCUCGGCCGCUGCCGCCGGAUUACAUCGUCUAUGAUGUGAAGGUUUCAUCGCCUUACUACACAGCACCCAAGCAGGUUGUGGUGCACAACGGACAGGCUGUGAACAGAGAAGUCGCGCCCCUGGAGAAGUCUCUGAAUGGGUCAGGCGAAGACCUUUACCUCUCUCAGCUUCGCGUGGAGCAAGUCCCUGACGAGGUGACGGGUGGCCCCAGCCCUUUCUACCUCAUGAAGUACUAUGCUUGGACCCGACAGUAUCAGGGAGAUCGUCGAAGCUCGGCAGUGGCAAAGGCGAUUGGACUUCCACAGCAGGUGGCCAAGUUGGUGGUGGAGUUUUGGCCCAAGGAGCCGGGUGUCUACCCCUGCACAGUCACACUCACUUCCGACAUUGACAUCCGCAUCUAUCAGUUCGAAGGUACUGGCACGGCUCCCAACACACAUUGCUCAUUGACGUUUACCACACAAGCCAGGAAGGCCAUCACACAGGAGAUUCCCAUCGUCAACCCCACAGACAGAGAAUGGGCGAUCAAACCCACCUUCUCUCAGAUCGGUCAUGAGUUUGAUGGACCUCGAGAAUUCAUCGCCAAGAAGAAGGGAGCCACGGGACAGGCCACUGUCACCACCUAUCCGCUGACCUUUAAGCCAGAUUGGGUUUGUGACGUCAAGGCUCAGCUGGUCCUUUACAAUGUGGGCACCAACGAGACUUACGAGUUGCGGGCCAAGACCGCGUAUGACCUGCAUGGGGUUGCGGAAGAACCGCUGGCGGAAGAGCAUGUGGUGGUGAAGUGUGAAGCGCGUGAGAAGACCUCCCAUGUGUUCCAGGUGAAGAAUCACUCCAACCUCACGGCGGCCUUUGAGGUCGAGAGCGAUUUGGUGCACAUCUCUGGACCCUCUUCCAUUCAGGUGGAUGGUCGAGGCACUGGUGACUACGAGUUGACCUUCCAGCCGCUGCAAGCGGGUCAGGUCACAGGCUGCAUCAUUUUCCGCGACACUCACACCGGACACUUUACCUGGUACACUGUGGAGCUGAUGACAUUGCCACCCAAGCCACAGCAGCAUUUGACGUUGACCUGCGUGGUGCGACAGGCUGUGGCGGUGGACAUCCAACUGGUAAACCCACUGGACGAUGUCGUGGUUUUCGAGGUUGCCUUGACUGGUGAUGGCUUGCUGGGUGAGGCCGAGUUUGUACUGGCCCCAAAGGAGACGGCCACAUAUGAACUUGUCUUCAGCCCUCUAUUGCCAGCCAGAAGCAAGGGCACAGCCGUAUUCUUCAAUGAGAUCGUAGGUGAGUUUUGGUAUGAUCUUAGCCUGCUUGCGGAAGCUGCGCCUGCAGAGGAAAUCGCACCCUUAGAGUGUGAACUUGGCAGGACUGCGCAGACCGUGGUCCACAUCGACAAUCCGACUGGGCAAGAAGUGGUCCUCAAGCAUCGAUCGACCAACAAGAUCAACUUCAAGGUCUUGAACAAUCGGGUAGUGCUUCCACCGUUGGAAUCCACGGACAUUACCAUAGAGUACAGCCCGUCCUCGCUGGGUGUGACGGAAGAAGCGCAGAUUGUCUUCGAACACCCACUGGUGGGACAGUGGGUCUACAAGGCGCAGGGCCUUGGCCUGCCGCCCUUGGAGGCUCGGCACGUGACGGUGGCUGCACAGGUGAACCGGACGGUCUCUUCGACGAUCCAAUUCAAGAACCCCUUCUUGGAAACCAUUACCAUCUUCAUUGUCUUGGAGUCGAAGAGCGAGAAAGGCGUUUUCAACCUGCUGAGCAAAAAGGCCAAGGUGCAAAUUGGGCCCCUGGCCACGACGCAGAUCCCUUUCAGUUUCUGCCCACCCACCAUGACGCAGCACACCGCAGAGAUCGCGCUCUCCGUCAUGAAGCCCAACCUCAGCUGGUCUUAUCGCAUCCAGGGCGUGGCGGAAGCACCGGCGGAUCCCACGCUGCACACCUUCAUGGUUCAAGCGCGAGAAGCCUUGCAGACCACCUAUGCACUGACAUUGAUUGGUCUUGACACCACCCCUGGUGACACGCAUGGAGAUCAGCUUUCGUGUCAACUGGAAGUGCCGCCUCAACACCAAGCAAUGGUGUCCAAGUGCUUUGACAUCAGCCUGGAUAGUGAUGCAACUGCUGCCAGAGCUUCAAGUCAGGCAUCAAGAACUCGUGGCAAAUCCGAUGGACAGGUCUUCCUCAAGGUGAACUUUUCGCCACUGCGGCCCUUCAUCGCACUUUGCAACUUGGUGAUCACCCGUGCCUCGGGUGGUCGCUGGCGCUUUGAUCUGAAGCUAGAGGCGACUGAGCCUGAGGUGGACGAUGUGAUUUCCAUCCAGUCGCCCCUCAACAAGCCAGCAAGCGAGUCUUGGCUGAAGCAGCUGAAGCCGAGCAAGCAAUGUGAAGGUGAAGCAGCACUAGAGGUGGCAGCAGCUGCAGCAACUGACCUUUCAACCUAUUGGUCAAACAGUGUCCGACCAUACGCUUUGAGAGGAAGCCCUUUCUUGCGGCGGCCUGUGUUCGCAUCUCUCUGGAGGCUGACGCUGAGGCUAAAACCGAGAGAGAGCUCUCAAGGCACUCAAGACACUCGGGUGAGUGCCAGACUCAAGGCGUCUCAAGCACGGCGCUUUCUGGAGAUUCAGCUGUCGGGCGAUGCGCAGCAUCUACUUCUAAGCGGAUCGGCAUGGUGUACUGCGACCAAUCCAGAGCCUAAGUUCUCACAAGUCGUCGUGCCGCCGGUACCGCUGGCCCCUGAAGAGAUGGAGGCCGCAGUGCGACGCUUCAAAGCCAUGGAACGACGACCAAGACUCAGCGUGGUGAAGGCAGAGGCGGCGGAGAGCGCGGCAAAGGGCGUUGUUGCAUCACUAUCCUUGACUUUGGAUUCUGAGGAUGGGACCGCAGAUGAACUUGCAGGCCUUUAUGGAAGGAAAACGCCAGCGGCGAAAACGCCCCUGGAUGCAAACGCUUGUGGCGACUUGGGGCCUGUGCUAAGCAAAGCGCUGCGGCUGGCAGUUCAGAAUGCAGGAAUGAAUCUGGCCUUUUGCAGUAUUGAAGUGGAGAUGAGUGCCGUACCUGUGGGCGCUGAGAUUGAGCUGUUGGCUCGUGCAGAAAAAGCGGGUGAAGCAGAGGUGGUUCUAGUCACUGGCUGGCUCGCAGGGAAGGAUGUCUUGCGUUUUCGAGCAGAGUUUAAGCAACCACCUGAGAGUUGCAUGAGCACGGCUGCUUUGAAGAAGAUCAACAUCCUCAGCCUUGAUGAUGCCUCCAUCGAGCUGAGAGUCUUAGAACCCGCAGGGACGAACGGUACCACUUUCGUUGUUACCUACAAACCCACGGAGUACGGCAAGCCUGUUCAGGGCAAGCUCAUCAUUCAGACAGAAGCAACUCAGAUCAAGAGUGAGGAUGUCUUCUGGUCAUACCUGGUGAAGGGUACUCAUCCAAAGUACACUGCGCCUGUGGUCGAGAAGCCUAAGGUGGCUACAAGGCUAACGAAGGAAAUGGAAAUGCAGCUGGCCAAAGCGUCGCAAAGUCGCCGGAAGAACUUCAUCAAGGAGACCUGGAAAAGGACAUUUUUUGCAACGUGA